AUGCCUCCAAAGCGAAAGAACGAAGCAGUCACGAAUGCAAAGCCUGCCAAGAGGGUUAAGACAGGCGGCGCCUCUACAUGCGCACAUCCUCUGAAUAAGCCGGCCGGCGAUGAGACACCCGCGAACGACGACAUCAAGAAGGGAAAGCGCAAACAACCCCUCUGCCAAAGUCCACGACCAUCUACAGCUACGACAGAUGGUACAGCUUCCUCUCCAUUCAUGGCCCUACCGACCGAACUGCGCUGCCAAAUCUACAACUACCUAGCAGCCAUCGUCUACGACCCCGUUUUCCCCGAGCCGGGCAUCUGCAGCUGGGAAGUAUGUCGGAUGCCAACCGCACUGCUUCAACUCAACAAGACUAUAUACGAAGAGGUGAAACAUCCCGCGGUACAGAAGCCGUUACAGAAGGUCAACGAUGAGCUUGCGCCCAAGAUCAUUCUCGGUCCGACGCGCGCUGAGAUAGACCCUGUGUACGUCGCGCUCUCGAAUUCCUUCCAUCUCGCCGGCAAACAACUCCGUACGUACCUGGAUGGACCACAAAAGCACGGUACUGCGGUCAAAUAUGUUAGCCUGAAGAUCGCAUCGUGGUACAAUGACACGUAUCUACGGCAGCAAGUACAAAACGGGAAUAUGAGCGCUUCCAGUGCGCAGACCAAGUGCAAAACCAAGCACUUGCACAAGUUUGUGAAACAGACUUUGAGAAGAAUGGCGCUCAGGAAGACUUGCGAGGUUCGCAUUCGACUCCUGAACCACCCACUGGGGCCGCUUCAUAAGCGAAUAUAUAAGCUCGGUGAUCCAUUCUGUAACUACACGGAGUACGAGAGAUUGGCCGCGAAAGACACUAUACGGCGAGCUCUGAGUGUCGGGAUGAAGCGCGAACUCAAGACCGUGUACACAGCAGCGCGCGCAGACGCCCACAAAGGUAUUCUGAAGAUGAUGGCGAACCACUUUCGAUCGCAGAGGAUGAACAUCACGUUCUCGGUGGCGCGCGCGAGAGAUCGGCGCUUGUUCGACAUGGCCAAGUCACUCUGUUGA